CCAGUCUUUCCCCUUACUAAAACAAAGUAAUAACAAAAAAAGCAAACCAAAAGCUCCACAAAAAACCCAGCCAUGACAUCCACCCUUCUACCGUCGCAACUAACACCUUUUACCACCCGAUUUUCUCUCUCCUCGCCCAACCCAAAACCACCCUCAUUUUCCACCACCGUCUACUGUGGCCCCAGAGACAACCGUGGACCGCUAGUAAAAGGCCGAGUACUAAGCACAGAAGCAAUCCAAGCAGUCCAAGCUCUAAAACGAGCCCAAAGAACCACCACAACCACCACCACCACCGUCAACGAAACCCUAACAAAAACCCUCUCACGCCUCAUAAAAUCCGACCUCGUUGCUACUCUACGGGAGCUUCUACGACAAGGACACUGCGACCUCGCCCUCACUGUAUUCUCCACCGUCCGAUCAGAACCCUGGUACAAGACAGAUUUAUCCCUGUACGCAGAUUUGGUUUCAGCUUUGAACAAGAUGGGUGGGAUGGGAGAGGAUAUUGACCGUCUGAUUGAGGAGAUGGACGGUGGUGAUGGGGUGAUUAAUUGGGAGGAUAAGAAAGGGUUGAGUAGGUUGGUGAAGGCGUUGAUUAAUGCUGAGAGGAGGGAAUCAACGGUCAGGAUUUAUGGGGUGAUGAAGAAAUGUGGGUGGGGGUGUAGUGGAUCAGGUGUUGAAGUUGAUGAGUAUGUGGCUAAGGUUUUGAGUAAAGGGUUAAGAAGAUUUGGGGAGGAGAGUUUGGCUAAUGAGGUUGAUUUGGGUCUUGAUUUGUACUUGAAAGCUUGUUUAGGUAGAGUUGGUUUUUAGGUAAACGGGUCAGUCAAUCUUGGUUGCGGGAUCUUAAAAGACGUUGUUUAGAUUUAGUAGUUCAAUUUUGGGUACAAAAGUAUAUUUAGGGAAUAGGAUUGUACGGAAUAAUAUGUAAGAGUUUUUUUUUUUGGAGGGGUAAUUAUGGGAUGAUAUAUGACCUUAAUUAUCUUGUGGUGUUCAUUUUGAGUAGUAUUUACAUUACUACAUGCAUGUAACACAAUUGUAUGUGCUCUUGUUUUAUAAUCACUAUGUUUAUAACUCAUGUAACACAAUUGUAUAUGGCUAUAUGCUCUUAUAGUCUUAUUUUAUGGAGAUCA